AUCACACUGAGAUCUAUGGUACAAUUCAUUGGCAGAGAAUCCAAGUAUUGUGGACUUUAUGACUCCAUAGUAACCAUCUAUCGUGAAGAGGGCAUCCUAGGAUUUUUUGCAGGUCUUAUUCCUUGUCCCCUAGGUGAGAUCAUUUCUUUGUGGCUCUGUAACUCACUGGCCUACCUCGUCAAUACCUAUGCACUGGACAGUGGGGUUUCUACCAUGAGUGAAAUGAGUUAUUCCCAAGCUGUCACAGGAUUUUUUGCCAGUACGUUGACCUAUCCCUUUGUGCUUGUCUCUAAUAUUAUGGCUGUCAACAACUGUGGGCUUGCUGGUGGAUCCCCUCCUUACUCCCCAAUGUAUACUUCUUGGAUAGAUUGCUGGUGCAUGCUACAAAAAGAGGGAAAUAUGAGCUGAGGAAAUAGCUUGUUUUUCCGGAAGGUCCCUUUUGGGAAGACUUAUUGUUGUGACCUGAGAAUGUUAAUUUGAAGAUGUGGGGCAGGGACAGUGACAUUUCUAUAGUCCCAGAUGCACAGAAUUAUGGGAGAGAAUGUUGAUUUCUAUACUGUGUGGUGCGCUUUUUUAAAUUAGCAUUUAAUCUUGG